AUGAAAUUCAACUACCUUCCAAUUGUCCUCGGAGCAGUCGCUUGCUCGGCGUUCCAUGUGGAGCCUCCUCGUCGCGUUUCUAGUACUGUCCUAUCGAUGAGCGGAGAGGGAGUUUCGCGUCGGGUUGCAAUCGCAGCGACAAUGGGAAUGUCAGCAAUUGUUGGUGCUGUUCCACCAGCUUCUGCUGGAUCGGGGGCGCCAACUCCCGAAGAACUGGAACGUAUCAAGACUGGGUACAAGCAAAUUCAGUAUCUCCUUGAAAACUUUGAACAAGAGACUACUGUGUGUCGGGAGAAUGGUGGAGAGUGCAAGCGUGAUGCAGAACCAAUUCGUCGAGUACUAGGACUGCGAAGCACAACUGACCCCUUGUUUCAAAUAGAGAAAGUUUUCGCGAAAGUCAAGAACAUGGAUAUCGAUCCGGACAAGCUAGAGGAUUUCUUCGAAGCCUCUGAGGACUGGAAUUCUGCAAUGACUUUGUCGAAUUCGAUGGCAUUUAUCAGUCAGUUUGGAGAGUACAACCCCGGUGGUGGUAAAGAUGCGGUUCUGAAGUACUUGAAUGAAAGCAAGAAACAAGUCGAAAUCGCAUCGAGUUGUUUGAAGCGUAUUAUGAAUGUUUUAAAUUUAGAGACCUAG